GGAUGAUGGAGUUAAGAUGGCAGCUCGGCUGAGGUUGCUGCCUCUCGGGGCUCAAAAAAUAAUCAAGGAACGAAUGAAAAACAAAAGCGACAUUGGUUUGGAGAAGAGUCGCGCCUUCUAGAAUUCUUUUUUUUUCUUUUUUUUGUGGCGAUGGCCUGAGAAGGUUUUUUCAGGAGCGCGUUGGCUGAGCUGGAAUCGGAUUGAAAGCCCAUCGCAGCACUGUGACUGUCAGAAUCGGCAACAACUGCAUCUGCGUUUAAGAACCGAAAGCCGUGGAUGCUAAUUGUUGUGUGGGUUUUUUUUCUCUCCUCCUCCUGCUGCUUGGGGUGAACAAAUGAUGUGACAUGUGGCGGGUUUGGUGACAACCGGAUCGCAUCUGAUAAGCUAGAUCUUGUCUGGCGGAGUUAUACCCAGCGUGUUCUAUAUGCAUUGUUCUGCAAAACGAUGAUGUGUGCUGCUGCGGCAGCGGCGGCCGCCGGUGGAGGGAUUCUGCCUUCCUUAUCGCCCUCGAUGGGGCUGGGUGUCAGGGUCAUUUCUGGAGCUGGAGCCGAUGUGCCCACCAUCGGUUCGGGGAUGGGAUCUUGCCCUAUACCCGGAGCCCAGUCUGAUUGUCGGACUCGGUACCAGCUAUUACUCUCAGGACGAGCCCUUGCGGAACGAUACAGACGGAUUUAUACCACUGCCAUCAACGACAAGGAGCAAGGAUUAAACCAAGGAAGGGGUAAAAAAGCUUUAAGUAAGAAGAAACUGAAGAGGCGACAGAAGGUCAAGUCAAAAGUCAAAACAAGAUCAAAGGCUGAAAGUCUCGAUGGAGCUUUCUGUGUACCCGACAUCAAGCUUCACAGCAACCCAUCCGCAUUUAAUGUGUAUUGCAAUGUGCGACACUGUGUGCUGGACUGGCAGCAGAGGGAGGCCUCCCUGGCGCUGGCCUCCAGGAGCUCUGUGCAGAGCGGGGACUCGGACAGCGAGGAAGAGGAGGAGUUUCGCGAGCCAGCUGUGAAGCUUCCAAAGAUCAUUGGAAUUGGCCUGUGUGGGGUUUUUGAGCUCAUCAAAGAGACUCGCUUCUCGCAUCCCUUACUGUGUUUGAGAAGCCUGCAGGCUUUGCUGGACAUGCUGCAGGGUCAACAACCAGAGGGUUUUCAGACGGAGCCCCCCGAUGUGCUUGAGUCACUGUUCCAGCUGCUGCUGGAGACCACAGUGCGGAGCACGGGUCCCAAUGACCCGACCGGACAGGCCAUCACCGCCCUGUCCUGUGCCUGCCUCUUCAGCCUUGUGGUGGCCUGGGGGGACACAGGCAAAAUACUGCAGGCCGUCUCUGCCAUUCUCACCAAUAAUGGUAGCCACGCAUGCCAGACAAUACAGGUUCCCACCAUUUUGAACGCACUGCAGAGGAGUGUCCAGGCAGUCCUGGUCGGGAAGAUUCAAAUCCAGGACUGGUUUGGAAACGGCAUCAAGCGGGCCGCUCUGAUGAACAAAUGGGUUUUAAAAGAGGUCGCCAUUGAUGAAGAUGAGCGUUGUCUUCUACAGACUGAUGGUUCCUUUCUGUAUUUGCUCUGCAAAGAUGGCCUCUACAAAGUCGGCUCAGGAUAUAGUGGUACUGUGCGGGGUCACGUGUACAACUCCACCUCUAGAAUCAGGAACCGAACAGAGAAAAGAUCAUGGCUGGGCUUUGCUCAGGGGUACUUGCUGUAUCGCGACACAAGCAACCACAGUAUGUCGGCCAUCAAGAUCAACCCUGAGACUCUGGAGCCUGAGGGGGCGGUCACCAUGCCGGGCCAACACUCAGACGGACAAAACAUCAUCUUUACAGAUGGAGAGUAUAUCAACCAAAUCGCAGCCUGCAAAGAUGAUGGCUUUGUCGUGCGGAUCUAUACGAUGGGUUCAGAGCCAGCUCUGCAGCAGGAACUGCAGCUCAAGCUGGCAAGGAAAUGCCUGCAUGCAUGUGGUAUCUCUCUGUUCGACCUCGAAAAAGACCUACACAUAAUCAGUACAGGCUUUGAUGAAGAGGCGGCAUUGCUGGGAGCAGGCAGGGAGUUUGCUCUGAUGAAAACAGCCUCAGGAAAGAUUUAUUACACUGGGAAGUAUCAGAGCUUGGGCAUAAAACAGGGUGGCCCAUCAGCAGGAAAAUGGGUGGAGUUACCCAUCACAAAGUCUCCUAAAAUUGUUCAGUUCUCAGUCGGCCAUGAUGGUUCCCACGCCCUUUUGGUGGCUGAAGAUGGAAGUGUGUUCUUCACUGGCUCUGCAAGCAAGGGAGAGGAUGGGGAGUCGACCAAAAGUCGCAGACAGCCCAAGCCUUAUAAGCCCAAGAAAAUGAUCAAGUUGGAGACAAAGACAGCCGUCUAUACAGCAUGCAACAACGGCAGCAGCAGCAUCGUCACCAAGGAUGGAGAGCUGUACAUGUUUGGCAAAGAUGCUAUUUACAGUGACAGCACCUGUCAGGUGUCGGACCUGAAGGGUCACGUUGUAACUCAGGUGGCAAUGGGUAAAGCUCACACCUGUGUUCUCACCAAGAAUGGGGAGGUGUGGACAUUUGGAGUGAAUAACAAAGGCCAGUGUGGCAGAGAUACUGGAGCCAUGAGCCAGGCAGGAAAAGCAUUUGGAGUAGAGAACAUGGCAACAGCCAUGGACGAGGACUUGGAAGAUGACAUAGAGGAGAAGGAGGAGAAGAGCAUGAUGUGCCAGCCAGGCAUGCACAAGUGGAAGCUGGACCAGUGCAUGGUUUGCACCGUUUGUGGAGACUGCACCGGUUAUGGUGCCAGUUGUGUCAGCAGUGGACGGCCAGACAGAGUGCCAGGGGGUAUCUGUGGAUGUGGGUCUGGAGAGUCUGGCUGCUCAGCUUGUGGCUGCUGCAAAGCCUGUGCCAGAGAGCUUGACGGUCAGGAGGCCCGGCAGAGGGGCAUCUUUGAUGCUGUGAAGGAGAUGAUUCCUCUGGACCUGCUGCUAGCUGUGCCUGUCCCUCCCCUUCCAGGCGUGAACAUCGAGGAGCACAUUCAGAUCCGUCAGGAGGAGAAGCGGCAGAGGAUCAACCGCCGGCAUAGGUUGGAAGAAGGAAGAGGCCCCCUUGUUUUCCCCGGUCCCAUUUUUAUGAACCAGCGUGAGCAGGCCCUAGCCAGAGUAAGACCCCUUCAGACACUAAGGCAUAAACGGGACAAGCACAAAGAUGGCAGCAGUGAACGUGGGGAGAAAGACGCCAGCAAAAUUACCACCUACCCGCCUGGGACGGUGAGGUUUGACUGCGAGCUGCGGGCUGUGCAGGUCAGCUGUGGGUUUCAUCACUCAGUGGUGCUGAUGGAGAACGGUGAUGUCUACACGUUUGGAUACGGCCAACAUGGACAGCUUGGACACGGAGACGUCAACUCCAGGGGUUCUCCGACUCUAGUGCAGGCUCUUCCAGGUCCAAGUAUCCAAGUCACAGCAGGCAGCAACCACACGGUGGUCCUCCUCAUGGACGGGCAGGUCUUCACAUUUGGUAGUUUCUCGAAAGGGCAGUUAGGCAGACCCAUCCUCGACAUGCCCUACUGGAACGCCAAGCCAUCCCCGAUGCCCAACAUUGGAGCAAAAUACGGACGAAAGGCAACCUGGAUCGGUGCCAGCGGAGACCAGACGUUCCUGCGGAUCGACGAGGCUCUCAUCAACUCUCAUGUCCUUGCUACGUCAGAAAUCUUUGCCAGCAAACACAUCAUCGGGCUGGUUCCCUCCUUCGUGUCGGAACCACCUCCGUUUAAGUGUUUGCUCAUCAACAAACUGGAUGGCAGCUGCAGAACCUUCAAUGACUCUGAGCAGGAGGAUCUGCAGGGCUUCGGCCUUUGUUUGGAUCCAGUUUAUGACGUCAUAUGGAGGUUCCUGCCUGCCUCGAGGGAGAUGUGGUGCUACAAUGCUGUGAUAGCCGAUGCCCGGAUGCCCUCCGUGACAGAUCUGCAGGAUCGCUGCAGCAUUCUCAGUCCAGAGCUCGCAUUGCCCUCAGGAUCACAUGCAACCACGACGCGCUCGCAUGGAGCCCUGCACAUUCUUGGCUGCUUGGACACGCUGGCAGCCAUGCAGGAACUGAAAAUGGGCAUAUCGAACGCUGAAGAAGAAACCCAGGCAGUGAUGAAAGUUUACUCCAAAGAGGACUACAGCGUGGUGAACCGAUUUGAGAGCCACGGCGGUGGUUGGGGUUACUCGGCGCACUCUGUGGAGGCGAUACGCUUCUGCGCGGACGCAGACAUCCUGCUGGGUGGUUUGGGUUUGUUUGGAGGACGUGGGGAGUACACUGCCAAGAUCAAGCUGUUUGAACUGGGACCUGAUGGGGGCGAUCAUGAGACAGAUGGUGAUUUGCUGGCUGAGACAGACGUUCUGGCUUACGACUGCGCUGCCAGAGAGAAAUAUGCCAUGAUGUUUGAUGAGCCGGUGCUGCUUCAGCUGGGAUGGUGGUACGUGGCGUGGGCCCGGGUCUCUGGUCCCAGCAGUGACUGUGGCUCCCAUGGACAGGCUACAAUCACAACUGAUGACGGUGUGGUCUUUCAGUUUAAAAGCUCCAAGAAGUCAAACAAUGGUACAGAUGUUAAUGCGGGUCAAAUCCCUCAAUUACUUUAUAGGCUUCCUUCAAACGAUGGGAAUGCGUCCAAAGGGAAACAACAGACGAGUGAACCGGUCCACAUCCUCAAACGCUCUUUCGCACGUACAGUCUCAGUGGAGUGUUUCGAGUCUCUGCUCAGUGUCCUCCAUUGGAGUUGGACCACUUUGGUUUUGGGGGUUGAGGAGCUGCGAGGCCUGAAGGGUUUCCAGUACACAGCCACCCUGCUAGACCUGGAGAGGUUGCGCUUUGUUGGCACAUGCUGCCUCCGCCUGCUCAGGGUCUACAUCUGUGAGAUCUUUCCAAUCGCUGCCAGCACUAAGGCUGUGGUGGAGGAGUCCAGUAAGCUGGCAGAAUGUGUGGGAAAGACACGCAGUUUGCUGAAGAAGAUUCUGUCCGAAGGCAUGGACAACUGUCUGACCAAACUGGACAACGACCCUCAGGGCUACUUGUCUCAGCCUCUCACACUGCUGGAAGCCGUGCUGCAGGAAUGCCACAACACCUUCACCGCAUGCUUUCACUCCUUCUAUCCGACUCCAGCACUGCAGUGGGCUUGCCUCUGUGAUCUGCUCAACUGCUUGGAUCAGGACAUUGCCGAAGCCAAUUUCCGCACAUCGAGCAGUCGUCUUCUGGCAGCUGUGAUGUCAGCUCUGUGCAACACCUCCGUCAAGCUGACUUCCAUCUUGCCUAUUGCAUACGAUGGAGAAGUGCUGCUGCGUUCACUGGUCAAACAAGUCAGCACCGAGAACGACUCCGCCCUUGCUCACCGCUUCCCUUUACUAGUGGCUCAUAUGGAGAAGCUAAGUCAUACGGAGGAGAACCUAAUGGGCAUGACCAGUUUCCGCGAAGUGCUUGAGAAGAUGCUGGUGAUUGUGGUGCUGCCCGUCAGAAAGAGUUUGAGGAAGGAGUUGGAGCUUUUCUCUCCCCACCUGGUCUCAAACACCUGUGGUCUGCUGGCCUCCAUCGUUUCAGAGCUAACAGCUUCUGCUUUGGGAUCUGAGAUCGAUGGACUCAACUCACUCCACUCUGUGAAAGCAUCACCCAACCGCUUCACCAAAACAAGCCAGGGCCGCAGUUGGAACACAGGCAACGGCUCCCCAGAUGCCAUCUGUCUGACCGUGGACAAGCCAGGGGUUGUCCUGGUGGGCGUCUGCGUCUACGGGGGCGGUGGCAUCCAUGAGUAUGAACUGGAGGUGCUGGCUGAUGAUGCUCAGACAGAACACCCGGGGGACUCGGCGCAUUCUCACAGGUGGACGUCACUGGAGCUUGUGAAGAGCACCUACAGCACAGAUGAUUCCCCCAGUGACAUUGCUGAGAUCCGCCUGGACAAGGCUGUACCACUCAAAGAAGGGGUGAAGUAUGCCGUCCGACUGCGAAACUACGGGAGCAGGACGGCAAACGGUGAUGGAGGUAUGACCACGGUGCAGUGCUCUGAUGGUGUGUCCUUCACCUUCAGCACCUGCAGCUUAAGUAGCAACGGGACCAACCAGACCCGAGGUCAGAUUCCUCAGAUCCUCUACUACAGGAGUGAGUAUGACGGAGAUCUGCAGUCUCAGCUGCUGAGCAAAGCCAAUGAGGAGGACAAAAAUUGUAGCAGGGCUCUGUCUGUAGUCAGUGCUGUAGUCAGAGCUGCAAAAGACCUCCUCCACAGAGCUUUUGCAGUUGAUGCGGACGAUAUUCCUGAGCUGUUAAGCUCUUCCAGUCUGUUUUCUAUGCUCUUGCCCCUGAUUCUGGCCUACAUCGGCCCAGUUGCUGCAUCUGUGCCAAAGGCUGCUGUUGAAGUUUUUGGACUUGUUCAAGAACUGCUCCCUGCUGUCUCUUCUCUGAACCAAAAGUACGCCCCACCCACUUUUAACCCCAAUCAGUCAACUGACAGCACCACCGGAAACCAGCCUGAACAGGGCCUGUCUGCCUGCACCACCUCCAACCACUACUCUGUGAUCGAGAGCGACCAUCCCUACAAGCAAGCCAGUGUCACUCAAUACAGGGUAUCAUUCCCAGACUGUGUUCGGUGGACCACCAUUGAGUUUGACCCACAGUGUGGUACUGCUCAGCCAGAGGAUGUCCUCCGUCUGCUCAUUCCCAGCCGCACGCUCCACCUGUCCAACCUGGGAGGAAAACGUUUAAUCCAUGACACCAUCAACACCUGGACAGAACUGAAAAAGUUCUCGGGUUCCACAGGGUGGCCCACCACCGUUCUCGUGCUGCCAGGAAAUGAAGUCCUGUUCUCACUGGAAACGGCCUCUGAUUACGUGAAAGAUGAGAAAGCUUCCUUCUAUGGGUUUAAAUGUGUGGCUGUGGGUUAUGAAUUCAAUCCCGGUGUUGAUGAGGGGAUCAUCCAGUUGGAGAAAGAGUUGGCUUAUCUGGGAAGUGUUUGUGCUGCAGCUCUAAUGAAGAAAGACCUGGCUCUCCCCAUUGGCAAUGAAUUGGAGGAGGAUCUUGAGAUUCUUGAGGAGGCCUCACUUCAGGUUUGCAAAGCACACUCAGGGAUUCUGGGGAAGGGCCUGGCCUUGUCUCACUCUCCUACCAUCAUGGAGGCUCUGGAGGGGAACCUGCCCCUGCACUUGCAAACCAACGAGCAUUCGUUCCUGGAGGACUUCAUCAUGUGUGUACAGAACUCAAGUGGUGGGCGUCUGGCCAGAUGGUUGCAGCCAGACUCUUAUGCGGAUCCUCAAAAAACGUCUUUGAUCCUGAACAAAGACGACAUACGCUGUGGAUGGCCGACCACUGUGGUUGUUCAGACCAAAGACCAGUAUGGGGACGUGGUGCAUGUUCCUAACAUGAAGGUGGAGGUGAAGGCUGUUCCAGUUUCCCAGAAGAAAUCCGUGCAGCCAGAUAAUGUGAAAAAGCUGCAGCGCCUUCCUGGAAGCUCCUCGCCUUCUUCCACUGGCCCGGACCUGACCUACGGAGGUUUACCGGUGCCGAAGUUGGAGGCGACGUAUGAACCCAUGAUCGUGAAAGAGGCACGAUACAUUGCCAUCACAAUGAUGAAGGCUUACGAAAACUAUUCCUUUGAGGAGCUGCGCUUUGCCUCCCCCACCCCAAAGAGACCCAGUGAGAACAUGCUGAUCCGUGCCAACACCGACGGAACCUACAGCGCCAACUGGACUCCAGGAGCUGUGGGGCUCUACACCAUCCACGUCACAAUCGAUGGCAUUGAAAUUGAUGCUGGUUUAGAGGUGGAAGUGAAAGACCCUCCCAAAGGCAUGAUCCCACCUGGAACGCAGAUGGUCAAACCAAAAGCUGAACCUCAGCCCAGCAAGGUCCGCAAAUUUGUGUCCAAGGACAGCGCAGGCCUGCGUGUGCGUAGUCACCCCUCCCUGCAGAGUGAACAGAUAGGCAUAGUGCAUGUCAAUGGCACCAUCACUUUCAUUGACGAGAUCCACAAUGAUGACGGUGUGUGGCUCAGGCUCAAUGAUGAGACUGUAAAGAAGUAUGUUCCUAACAUGAAUGGGUACACAGAAGCCUGGUGCCUGUCUUAUAAUCAGCACCUGGGCAGGACCUUGCUGGUCCCAGCAGACAAUGUCUUUAAUGCCAGCCAAGGAGUCAGGGAAAUCGGCUUUUUGUCUUGGACCCCAUUAACUAUUCUCCCACCUCAGGAAGCCAGGGGCCAGUCGGAGGAGAAGGUAAAGGAGGUGAGCAGCUGCCCAACUCACGAGGCCCCCAUUCGGGUGCAGAGCAGGACAGGGCAGGGUGGCGGCCCGGGGCUUUAUAAGGUAGUGAAGACUGGCCCCUCUGGUCACAACAUCAGAAGCUGCCCUAACCUUAGGGGUAUCCCCAUUGGAAUGUUAGUUCUUGGCAACAAGGUCAAGGCCAUAGGCGAGGUGGUUAACUCUGAGGGAACCUGGGUGCAGCUGGAUAAGAACAGUGUUGUAGAGUUCUGUGAGAGCGAUGAAGGAGAGGCCUGGUCACUGGCCAGAGAUCGCGGUGGAAACCAGUACCUCCGUCACGACGACGAACAAGCAUUGCUGGAGCAUGGGAACCAGACCCCACCGCCUAGCCCUUUUUCAGUUCAAGCUUUCAACAGAGCAACUACUUCAAAUGGAGCACAGGGCUUUGACUAUGGCAUCUCCAACAACAAAGGUGACCGGCUGAGUGCCAUACUGAAUUCCAUUCAGUCUGCGCCUUUCCUCUCAGCAGCUCCCUCUGCCUCCAUAUUUGAGCAAGCUGCCCAACCUCCUUCCUCCUCCUCCUCCUCUUCCUCCUCCCUUGUCCACAGCCCAUUUGUGUUUGGACAAUCCCCCUCCCAAGUGUCUCAGCCCCAGCUUCUGAAUGGUUCAUCACGCAGCCUUGCUUCUCACGAGCGUGUGCACAAAAGCAGUGUGUCCCUGGCUGGGCAUGGCACUGCUCUCUCAUCUCUCGCUUUAAGGCAAAAGGGUGAGCGUGGGAACCCGAUGUCCGCUGCGCGCUCAGUGUCCUCGUCCUCCAAACAACACCAGGAGAACCGUUCGCCCAAACAGGAGAGUCGAGGGAGCCGCUCAUCUGAGCAGAGUCGGCACAAAUCGAGCGAGGGGGCCCGGUCGGCCAGCGAGGCCCUCAUUCUGCGCUCGGAUACGGCCAAACUGAGAUCUGACUCGCACAGCCGCUCCCAUUCACCCAACCACAACACCCUGCAGGCUCUCAAGGCGGAUGGUAGAACCUCGGGAGUGCGGGCGGAGUCUCCAAACCCUGGUUCUCGCUCUUCGUCUCCCAAGCAAAAAGCCGUUUCCUCCUCAGGCAGAUCAAGUCCUUCGAGUGCCUCCUCACAACACUCUUCCUCAACCUACAUAGACAAGAACUACCAUCCUAAAAUCAGCCCUUCUCCUAAAGCCCAACUUGAUCCUCCCAGAGAGAGAUCCAAAUCAGACUCGUACACCCUGGACCCAGAUACACUUAGAAAAAAGAAGGUCCCACUUACAGAGCCUCUUAGGGGCAGAUCCACCUCCCCCAAGCAGAAACUGUCCCCUAAAGACCCAAAUAAAGGAUCCAUCGAGACUACUGAAAACCGGGCUCCUUCUCCCCAUGUGACUCAAGAGAACCUGCACAGUGAAGUGGUAGAAGUCUGCUCGUCCAGCGCCCUCCUCUCCAACGAGGAUGCCAACGACGAGAACGCAGAGGUUACCUAUUCGGAUGAAGGUUCGUGUAAGGUGCAUUUCAGCAUCGGUAAGGCCCCUGUUAAGGAGGAAUCUGAGAGUCGCUCUUCACCCAAAGUCAGUCGCAAAACCUCCAGUCGUCACACUCGCCCCAAGAAGGAAAAAUCUGGGCCUCUCUUUAAAACUGACAGCACUUCAAAGGUUACAGAACCCGCAAAACAGGCUAUGUCACCCUCUGUGGCAGAGUGUGCUCGCUCCGUCUUUGCUGCUUUCCUGUGGCAUGAAGGAAUUGUCCACGAUGCCAUGGCCUGCUCCUCAUUCCUUAAGUUCAACCCAGACCUCACCAAAGAGCACGCUCCCAUCCGCAGCUCCAUGGGAGGACAGGGAGCCGAGGAGAAGGAGAGCAAGCUGAAGAACCGCCAUUCGUUAGAGAUUUCCUCCGCACUCAACAUGUUCAACAUCGCUCCACAUGGUCCAGACAUCUCAAAGAUGGGCAGCAUCAACAAAAAUAAAGUCCUAUCCAUGCUGAAGGAACCCCCACUGCCAGAAAAGUGCGAGGAUGGAAAACUGGACGCAGCUCCCUACGAGAUGACCUCCCACAACUCUAUAAGGACAAAAUCGAUCCUGCCCCUAACGUUGCAGCAUUUAGUAGCAUUCUGGGAGGACAUUUCAAUGGCCACAAUCAAGGCAGCAACCCAGAACAUGAUAUUCCCCAGCCCAGGCUCCAGCGCCAUCCUAAAAAAGAAGGAGCACGAAAAGGACAGUAAGAAGAUCAAAAAGGAGAAGAAGAAACGGGAGAAGGCAGAGGUGCGACCGCGGGGGAAUCUGUUUGGAGAGAUGGCUCAGCUGGCCAUGGGAGGACCGGAGAAGGACACCAUCUGUGAACUGUGUGGGGAAUCUCAUCCCUACCCUGUCACCUACCACAUGAGACAAGCUCACCCAGGCUGUGGCCGCUAUGCUGGGGGCCAAGGCUACAACAGUAUUGGUCAUUUCUGUGGAGGUUGGGCUGGAAACUGUGGGGACGGAGGCAUAGGAGGCAGCACCUGGUACCUGGUGUGCGAUCGCUGUCGGGAGAAGUACCUCAGAGAGAAACAGAGUGCGGCUCGGGAAAAGGUUAAGCAGUCAAGAAAAAAGCCUUUGCAAGUGAAGACCCCAAGGGCCCUCCCCACUAUGGAAGCCCACCAGGUGAUCCGGGCAAACGCUCUGUUCCUGCUGUCGCUUAGCAGUGCAGCAGAACCCAGCAUGCUCUGCCACCACCCUCCUCGACCUCCUUACUCCCAACUGCUCCCCAGCCUGAAGGAGGGCGUGUCAGAAGAACUCCCCAAUAAAAUGGGCUGCCUCUACCUGCAGACACUAGCCAGGCAGCACACUGAGAACUUUGGGGGCUACCAAGACGACAACCUCUUCCAGGAUGAGAUGAGGUAUUUGCGCUCAACAUCUGUUCCUGCACCCUACAUUUCUGUCACCCCUGACGCCUGCCCCAACGUCUUUGAGGAACCAGAGAGCAACAUGAAAUCCAUGCCCCCCAGUCUUGAGACCAGCCCGAUCACAGACAGCGACACUGCGAAGCGAACCGUGUUCCAGAGGUCCUACUCGGUUGUGGCCUCCGAGUACGACAAGCAGCACUCGCUGUCUCCAGCUCGAGUCAAAGCUGUCCCCAGACGCAGGGUUCAGAGUGGUGAUGCAGAAGUAGGCUCCUCCCUCUUGCGGCAUCCAUCUCCAGAGCUUUCCAGGCUGAUCUCCGCUCACGGAUCCCUCAGCAAAGGAGAGAGGAACUUCCAGUGGCCCGUUCUGGCUUUUGUUAUCCAGCAUCAUGACCUGGAGGGGCUGGAGGUGGCAAUGAAACAUGCUCUGCGAAAGUCUGCCUGCAGGGUGUUUGCCAUGGAGGCCUUCAAUUGGCUGCUCUGCAAUGUGAUCCAGACCACCUGUCUGCACGACAUUCUCUGGCAUUUUGUGGCAUCGCUCACGCCGUCCCCCUCUGAGCCAGAGGAUGAGGAGGAGGAGGAAAACAAAGGGAACAAAGAAAACGUCGAGCAGGAAAGAGACCUUGGCGUUUGUGAGCACCCGCUGUCGGACAUUGUGAUCGCCGGCGAGGCCGCCCAUCCUCUGCCCCACACCUUCCACCGCCUCCUUCAGACCAUCUCUGACCUCAUGAUGUCACUUCCUGGUGGCAGUUCAUUACAGCAGAUGGCAUUAAGAUGCUGGAGUCUCAAGUUUAAGCAGUCUGAUCAUCAGUUCCUCCAUCAGAGCAACGUUUUCCAUCACAUUAACAAUAUUUUAUCCAAGUCGGAUGAUGGAGACAGCGAGGAGAGCUUCAACAUCAGUGUGCAGUCUGGUUAUGAAGCAUUGAGCCAGGAUCUGUGCUUGGUUACCUGUUUAAAAGACCUUACCAGUGUGGUAGACAUGAAGACAUCGAGCCGCCCCGCCAUGAUCGGCAGCCUAACAGACGGUUCAACAGAGACCUUCUGGGAGUCUGGAGACGAGGACAAAAAUAAAACCAAGAGCAUCGCUAUCAGCUGUGUGAAAGGCAUCAAUGCAUUCAAAGUGUCCGUUCAUGUGGACAACUCCAGAGACAUCGGGAACAAAGUCACAUCAGUGACGUUCUUGUGUGGAAAAGCCAUUGAAGACCUCUGCAGAAUCAAGCAGGUGGAUCUGGACUCGCGCCACAUGGGCUGGGUGACCAGUGAGCUUCCAGGGGGAGACCAUCACGUGAUCAAAGUAGAACUGAAAGGUCCUGAAAACACCCUGAGGGUGCGCCAGGUGAAGGUUCUCGGUUGGAAAGAAGGCGAAAGCAUCAAGAUACCUGGACAAAUAUCAGCCAGCAUGGCCCAACAGAAGAACUGUGAGACUGAAACCCUGAGAGUUUUCCGCCUCAUCACCUCACAGGUUUUUGGAAAAUUAAUCUGUGGAGAUGCAGAACCAACUCCAGAGCAGGAGGAGAAAAAUCUGCUUUCAUCACCAGAGGGAGAGGACAAGGUACCAUCUGAUGCAGACCUGAAAGAGCACAUGGUGGGAAUUAUCUUCAGCAGGAGCAAACUGACCAACCUGCAGAAACAGGUGUGUGCACACAUCGUCCAGGCCAUUCGCAUGGAGGCCACGCGUGUGAGGGAGGAGUGGGAGCAUGCCAUCUCCAGUAAAGAGAAUGCCAACUCUCAACCCAGUGACGACGAUGCGUCCUCAGACGCGUACUGCUUUGAGCUCCUCUCCAUGGUCCUGGCUCUCAGUGGCUCCAAUGUCGGCCGUCAGUAUUUGGCUCAGCAGCUCACGCUUAUGCAAGACCUGUUUUCUCUGCUGCACACUGCUUCACCGAGAGUCCAGAGACAGGUGACAUCUUUGCUCAGGCGGGUCCUGCCUGAAGUGACGCCGGUGCGUCUCGCCAGUAUUAUCGGGGUGAAGGCUCUGCCGCCGGCUGACAUCAGUGACAUCAUUCACUCCACGGAGAAGGGCGACUGGAACCGACUUGGGAUCCUUGACAUGUUCCUGGGCUGCAUCGCCAAAGCGCUCACGGUGCAGCUGAAAGCCAAAGGCACCACCAUCUCCGGCACAGCCGGCAUGUCUGCAGGGAAGGGCGUCACAACCGUCACGUUGCCUAUGAUCUUCAACUCUAGCUACAUCCGCAGAGGCGAGAGCCACUGGUGGAUGAAAGGCUCCACCCCUCCACAGAUCGCUGAGAUCAUCAUAAAGCUGGUCAAAGACAUGGCAGCUGGUCAUCUGUCAGAUGCCUGGUCCAGAGUUACCAAAAAUGCAAUUGCUGAGACUAUCAUAGCCCUCACCAAAAUGGAGGAAGAGCACCGUUCUCCUGUUCGCUGCAUUGCAACAACUAGGCUGUGGCUGGCUUUGGCCUCUCUCUGUGUGCUGGACCAGGAUCAUGUGGACAGGCUGUCUUCUGGUCGCUGGAUGGGGAAAGAUGGACAGCAGAAGCAGAUGCCUAUGUGUGACAACCAUGAUGAUGGAGAGACAGCAGCUAUAAUCUUGUGCAACAUGUGUGGAAACCUUUGCACCGACUGUGACCGAUUCCUCCACCUGCACCGACGCACACGCUCUCACCAAAGACAGGUGUUCAAGGAGGAAGAGGAGGCCAUAAAGGUAGAUCUCCAUGAGGGCUGCGGGAGGACGAAGCUCUUCUGGCUCAUGGCCCUGGCGGACUCAAAGACGAUGAAGGCCAUGGUAGAAUUCAGAGAACACACAGGUAAACCAGCAUCGAGCAGCUCCGAAGCUUGCCGGUUCUGCGGAACCAGAAAUGGGACCGAGCUGUCUGCAGUGGGCAGCGUCUGCUCUGACCCAGACUGUCAGGAGUAUGCCAAGCUGGCCUGCUGCAGGACCCAUCCCUGUGGACACCCCUGUGGAGGAGUCAAGAACGAGGAGAGCUGCUUGCCUUGUUUGCACGGCUGUGAUAAGAACACCGGUUGUCUGAAACAGGAUGCAGACGAUAUGUGUAUGAUCUGCUUCACAGAAGCCCUCUCCGCUGCUCCUGCCAUACAGCUGGACUGCAGUCACGUGUUCCACCUCCAGUGCACUCGGCGUGUUCUUGAGAAUCGCUGGCUCGGGCCCCGGAUCACUUUUGGGUUCAUGCUGUGUCCUAUUUGCAAGAACAAAAUCAAUCACUCUGUGAUCAAGGACCUGCUUGACCCAAUUAAGGAGCUCUAUGAGGAUGUGAGGAGGAAGGCUCUGAUGAGGCUCGAGUACGAGGGUCUGCACAAGAGCGAGGCCAUAACCACACCCGGCGCACGCUUCCACAACGACCCUGCCGGCUUUGCCAUGAACAGAUACGCAUACUAUGUCUGCUACAAGUGCAAGAAGGCAUACUUUGGGGGAGAAGCCCGCUGUGAUGCAGAAGCAGGACAGGGCGAUGACUAUGACCCCAGAGAGCUGAUCUGUGGAGCAUGUUCAGAUGUCUCUCGGGCUCAGAUGUGCUCCAAGCAUGGCACCGACUUCCUUGAGUAUAAGUGCCGGUACUGCUGCUCCGUGGCGGUUUUCUUCUGCUUCGGCACCACGCACUUCUGCAACGCCUGCCAUGACGACUUCCAGAGGAUGACCAGCGUCCCCAAGGAAGAGCUGCCCCAUUGUCCCGCAGGGCCCAAAGGGAAGCAGCUGGAAGGUACCGAGUGCCCUUUGCAUGUGGUCCACCCACCAACAGGAGAAGAGUUUGCUCUGGGUUGUGGCGUGUGCAGGAACGCCCACACCUUCUAAAACACCAACCACCUGACUGAUAGCAGUGUGUUCACUGUGAUUACUGGCCGCCGCCGCCACUGCUGCUGCUGACGCUCGGUGGCGAAGCGUUGCUCUAACGCCAUGGAGGCCCCUGGAUGCUGGACCAGGUUUCUGCUAGACGCCAAGUGUACUCCCGUCUGCUCCUAUACCAUCAUCAGUAUCCGGGCGCUGCUGCAAGCGAGGGCUGUAGCUCUUUGGGAUUCCCCAGUGGAAGCAAUUACAAAAAAAGAAGAAAAAAAGACAAAGAAGAAUAAACCAAUUUAAUAACUUGUGAUGUGUUUGCAUGCAGCCGUUGUAUUCCCUCGGCUUCUAUAAACGUUACACAUCCCAGUCACUGAAAUGUAACAGAUUAAACAUCAAAUAUGAAAUUAUUUUGCUUAAGGGCAACUUUGGAUAAGUGUGGGUUUGAAUAAAAAAAAAGGAUUGAGCUGUACUGUCAGCUUCCCCAACUAUAAAUUUAAAAAUAUCAUUAUAUGUAAACAUUUUUUUUUCUUAAUCUUGUACAGUACUGUACAAGUGCAUCUUGGGUGAUGAACAAAAGAAAUGAAUUGGUGGAAAAGACUGUUAUGAACGGAAGAAAAUAGUGUACGAUUUACUUAAUCUUGUAUAUAAAGAUAACAUUCAAAAUAGCUGUAUUCCGAAAUUGCUCUCUUCACUUCAGUUUCCUUUGAUAUUCUGGAUGAUGUUUUGGGCCAGAACUUUUAUUGAAGUGCAAUACUAGGUGUGCCUCCUAUUUUGAAGCUGUUUAACCUAUGGAAUGUAUGUCAAAUAAAGCCACUGUACAUUUUUAUACAGUAGAUAGUCGUAAUUUCCCCCCACUCUAAAUGUUUUUCUUCUGUUUGUCUGGAAAUGAGGAGGACCCUGGCACCUGCAGUGAAUGAUGGUGGAUGUACAUCCUGUUUGCAGCUCUUAGAAAUAUUCCAAAAACCAAAAAAAUCAAACCUAAACAAAGGAGAGCAAACACCUCGCCGCGAGACUGAUUGGAAUGAUUUGGGAGAAAACGGCUGCUGUUAAAAAAAAGAAGGAAAAAAAAAAAAAAGAAAAAGCUUCAUACUUGUGAAUCUUCUGUAAUAUCUGUGGUGGAUGGAGUUGAAUGGUAAUAAACCUGAUUCUCUGUUUGGCA